UUAUGAAGAUUACAGAGGGUAGAGAAAUGAUGGAAAUUCUGAAUGAUUUCAAAACUUUUAUCUCAAGAAUUGGAAUAAUUCCGGGACAUAUCAACAAUUUCUUUCCAGCUUUCAGAACGUUCGUAAAGCGUGAGGUUUCGUUCAAAUUCAACGAUUUAUUAGAUAAGUUGGAAAAAAGACGACAUCUCCCAGAGUAUAAGGGUGGUCUGGUGGGUAGGGGAAAAAAAGUUUUGAUAAUUGGAGCAGGACCUUGUGGCCUACGGUUAGCCCUGGAAACUCAGCUACUAGGAGCUGAGACUACAGUUAUUGAAUCCCGUUCAUCCAUUGACAGGAACAAUAUCUUGAAGCUGUGGAGCUUUGUGGUGGAGGACCUCAAGGGUCUAGGGGGCAAGAAGCUUUGCCCAAAUUUAGGAAUAAGCUGUCUGAAUCAUAUAAGCAUUAAAACCCUUCAACUGAUCUUACUAAAGAUAUGCCUGAUACUGGGUGUCCGGAUUAAACCUCGCCAAACAUUUAAAGCAAUUCUAGAACCAUCUUCCUCUUCUUGGCCGGUGCUAAGUGAUAUUCAAUGUGAUAAUGGAGGGUUUGUUGAGGAAGAAGAAGAAUUUGAUGUCGUCAUUGGUGCAACAGGCAGGCGAGUUACACUUGAUGGAUUUGAAAGACAGAGCUUAGAGGCAAAAAUGGCAAUUGCCAUUACAGUUAAUUUUAGGAAUUUCAAUACAGAGGAGGAGAAAUGUGUUAAAGAAAUUCCAGGAUUGUCUAAACAGUAUGAUCUCCAGUUUUUCUCAUCUCUAGAACGGGAACGAGGAAUUAAACUUGAAAACAUUGUUUACUAUCAAGGAGAUACACACUAUUUUGUGAUGACGGCCAAGAAGGAGAGUUUACUAAGAAAAGGAGUUCUCUACAGAGACCUAGGAGAAAGAAUGGAACUUCUAAGACCUGAAAACGUAAACCGAAAAAAGCUGGAAGAAUAUGCGAGGGAAGCUUCUGAAUUUGCCACAGCUCAUUUCUCAAAACAGCUUCCUCGUCGUCCUUUCGCGGAGUGGAAGGGUGUAAAGGAUGUAUCAAUAUUUGAUUUUACCAACCUGUAUCGGAGCCAAAAUGCCAGCAGGAUUAUUCAGCGAAGAGGAUUCACGCUUCUAACAGGAUUAGUUGGAGACUCGCUUUUGGAGCCGUUCUGGCCUGAGGGUACCGGAAUAGGACAGGGGUUUUUAGGGACAUUUGACACUGCCUGGAUGGUGAAGAGAUAUUUUGAAAACACCGAUCUAUACGAGACUAUUAGGGAACGUGAGAAACUGUACAGUCUUCUUCGUCAAUCCACUCAAACCAGCCUGAAGAAAAACUUUGAAAGUAAACGCUCAAAAUGUUAAAUAUUCCUAAAAAACGCU